AUGGACUCCCAUGUCGAAUUUAGCACUGGAUUGCAUGCUAAGCCCGUGGCCUACAUCUUCUCAGAAGACCUUGUGAAAAUAUCUUCACGUUUACCUUCCAAUAGAAACCGUUCUCUCCUCGUCUAUUCGCUCGUUCACGCAUAUGGACUUCUGACAGCAUGCCGCACUGGUCAAGCGCCCCAACGAUUUUUGGUUGUGCGACCGCGGCCUGCUGGCGAGAAGGAGCUACUGGCUUACCAUACUCAUGAUUAUCUCGAAUACGCCAUGGCUCAAUCAAGUGACGCGCAGAACCUACCGGAAGCUUCAGAGUUUGGACUUGAAGACGACUGCCCCAUGUUUUAUGGAAUCAAAGACUACAUCACACAAGUCGCAGGAGCCACCUUGACCGGAGCAGCUGUCCUUAAAAACAAUGUUUCGGAUGUAGCCAUCUGCUGGGAUGGCGGCAGACAUCACGCCAAAAAAUCACAGGCUUCGGGCUUUUGUUAUGUAGCUGAUUGCGUUCUCGCCAUCCUGUUCCUCAAACGAACAAUACCUUCUGCUCCUCUAAUGAAGAAACCACGCGUGAUGUAUCUCGACCUCGACCUUCAUUUUUCAGAUGCAGUGUCACAAGCUUUUCACAAAUCUGGUUCUACGAUUACCUCUCAAGUUCUUACGCUAUCUAUCCAUCAUGCAGCUCCAGGCUUCUUCCCUGUUUCCCCCCUCGCUUCCCUUCCGGACGUCGAUGAUCCGGCCUUCAAUCCCUUCACUUUAUCAGUGCCACUGAAAGCUGGUGCAUCUACCAAAACAUUCAUCCGCAUUUGGCCCAUCAUCGAACGUAUCAAAGAUAUUUUUCGGCCCGACUUCAUCCUAGUUCAGUGCGGCUUAGAUGGCCUAGCAGGUGAUCCCAUGGGAACCUUCAACUGGUCCUUGGGUGGCGAAGGCUCGCUCGGUUGGUGCAUACAUCGCAUCGUUCACGAAUGGCAAGGAAAGAAAUUGUUACUCGGUGGAGGUGGUUAUAAUACGCCCAACGCUGCGCGAGCUUGGACAUAUCUCACCUCUGUGGCAGGCGGAAUUCCACUCUCCCUGGACGCUGAUAUCCCCGAGUAUUCUGGUUACCUCCACUUCAAGCCAUCGUUUACGUUGGAUGUACCCGCUGGUAACAUGCAAGAUCAGAACACAGAGGAAUAUUUCCAGACGAUAGAAGCCACGUAUGAACGUACACUGUCAGUAUUGCACUCGCGGAUGGUUACUUAGCAUGCAUUAGACACAUUGCAAUGAGCACAACAACAUGCACUUCCUUCUCUCCAGAGCGGCAGGGCUGGCUUUCAAAACCGCCCCCGAUCCACGGGUUAAUCUUGAAUCUCGUUU